AUGUGGUAUUUGCACGACGCACUCGUAUCGUACUUGUGCAACCAUUUGUCCAGAACCCCGAAAAUAAACCACUAUAAGCGGUCAACUCCUCCCAUCUCCGUCCCCCUCAACAAACUCUUCUCAAACACCUUUCCACUAAGCAUCCACGAAAGCAUUCAAGAUUACAAAGUCAAGGACGAUUUGUUCCUGUUUCAGCAUAACCUCUUGUCGACGCUUCCGUUCUAUCCCAACCCUGACAAAGACGGCCGCAGCUCGGAGGUUAUUCAGGUUCCUAUUGAUGAGAACAACAAUUACAUCAAUGAGUACGUGAUCUAUCCCAACCACAAAACCAAAAAGGCCUACGCAUCCGCCAACCACUUGGUAAUGGUGCACGGAUAUGGGUCGGGCUUAGGGCUCUUUUUGAAGAACUUUGGAGCCGUCACCAUGGAUAACUGGGUGGUUCAUGCCAUUGACUUAUUUGGCUACGGAUGUUCAUCACGGCCCCCGUUCACCCCCACAUCAUUUGAGCAGGUGGAGGCAUGGUUCCACGAUUCAUUCGCCACGUGGAUGCGCCGGCGCCAGAUCCCCCGCCAAAAUGCCCUCGUGAUGGCCCAUUCCAUGGGCGCAUAUUUAAUGGCCAGCUACGGUAUCAAUGUUGACCCCGAUUUCUGCCGGCGGCUUGUAAUGGUUUCACCGGGGGGAAUCAUCGACCACAAGAAGCCGAUUGUGAUUCCGGCGUAUUUUGAGCGGUUGUGGGAAAGAAACAUAAGUCCGUUUUCUCUUGUGCGCAAGGCAUCUUUCUAUGGGUCCAAAUUGGUGAGCGGAUGGAGCUACCGGCGGUUCAGUGAGCUUCCGGACUCUGAGCGGGUUUCGCUCCACAAAUACGUGUACGGAAUCUUCCAGGCCCGGGGGUCGGGCGAGUACAUGUUAAAUUAUCUUCUCAAGCCGGGCGCAAACCCGCGGCACCCGAUGGUGGACCGCAAAAUCGAGCGGUGUAACUGCCAGUUCGAUUGGUGGUACGGCCAGGACGACUGGAUGAAUGUGCACGGUGGAGAGGUGUGCAGCGAGCGGCUCCGGCGGUCGGGAAAGUCUUCGACGGUGGUGGAAAUUGCUGAUGCCGGACACCAUGUGUAUUUGGAUAAUGCGACCGAGUUCAAUCGGAUGCUUGUGGAGAAGAUGCGGGAUUGGUGAGAGCUAGAACUAUCUAGUGGGAAUAUAUUGGUAAUGUGAUAGAUUAGCGUAGAGUUGAAAAGAUGAGGUACAAAACACGCAAGAUUAGUGAUGAAACACGUAAGUGUAGUGACGAAAACACUAAAGUGCUUGUUAUAGGUGAUGGAUGCUGAUGCGACCUCUAGAAUACUACGAUACCAACACAUCGAUGUUCGCCGGCUCGCUCUCCGGCCCCUCAAACUCCAACUUGACCCGCAAGCUGAUGGGCAAACUCAGAUCCGUAAUCGCAAUCUCAUCGUCUUCGCUCACGAGAUCCUUCACCCGCUUGCACAAGUUCUGCUUCGUAGCCUCGUACAAUGACGGCGGUGCCGCAAAGUAAAGCUUGGUACCAGCUGUCGAUAGAGACGGGUUCUUCACCUGGAGCUCUGGCAUCGUCCGCAUCUCCAGGAUAAACGUCUCUAGCGUCCACCAAUUCUGGCACCGGACAGUUUUGGUCUGGGUGCCACAAACAGGACAUCCAGGGUUUUUGGCAGCUUCGAAAGUAUACGUAAACACCAGGUCAUCGCCCGAGUACAUCAUAUAAUUGUCCAAAUGGCCAUUAUUAUCGGUGAGAAUCUUGAAUGCUUCAUUGCAACAAGAAGCAGCAAUGAUGGCAUUUGUGGAUGCAAUGGACGGGAUGAUGCUCUUGACGACCCCCAAAGUCAAAGACCGGGUGAUGCCGCCGAUGUGGAACUGGCGGCCACGGGCCUGUGCCUGCUCAAACACCCAGUCGACGUGCUGCUCGUUAUCGGCGUCGAACUUGACGGAGAACUUCUGCCCCCACGCGAGCUCACUGGCCCACUCGAUACAAUGCUCUGGUAACCGUGGCGUGUUAGCGAUGGUGCACACGGGAUACGUGACUUUGGGUGUCAACAUGUGAAGGGUGCACUCGUAGCACGAGGUGACGGUAGGAAUGAUCACACGGGACUGGCCACGAAACCCUUCGGUACCACCAUC